GAGUGCGACUUCGUCUGCUCAUUCGACUUUACUGCAACGCUCUUCUGCGGUCUGGAGAAUCGAGGAUCGUAAUCACAGGGCUUUCACGUUACACUUGCUCCCAUGGACAAUGAUGUUUUCCAAAUUCGCCGGUCCAUGCGAGAUGCUAUCUUCGUCCUGUUAGAGAAGAAAAAUCCACUUCCGACUGAUGAUGCAUCAAAGGCCAAGUGUUUAGAUGCUGUUGCUAAACGCUUAGAGGAGCUACUUUUUAAAAUGGCUAUGACAAAGGAGGAAUACUUGAACCCGUCAACCCUCGAAUCUCGCUUGAAAAGCUUAAUAAUAGGCAGGCAAUCGAAUAACUACAAUCAGCAACAUGCUACUCCAGGAGUCUCUGCUGAACCCACAAUGGACAAUGGGAACAGAGAUCAGUACGAGACAGAGAUUGCUGAGAAUCUCAAGUCGGUGAGCCUUGCCCUUGAGCCCUGAAGAUUAUGAGAGAAACGUCUUUUUCCGACUUGUUUGGAAACGUUUUCAUUGCUUAUGUUACAAGGAAAAGAUGAUAACAUACAAUACACUACUACAGCUUCUGCAUUGCUACUUGUUAGAUCUUACGUACGAAUGGUAAAACCGGUUAUGAUUUGUUUCCGGUUAGGCUUGGAACAUGUAUGAAUUUGAAUGGUUUAUUAUUUACUCUUGGUAAUCGGUACAGAAAAAAGUAGUUGCGAAAUU